UGGCGAUGACAACACAAUGAUGAGUUCCCCUGGCUGUGAAGCAGCAGAGGAAUUUGUGGGUGCGGAUUGGACCGCUCGCUCCCUCUCUCCGCCUCGCUCUCUUUCUCUCGCCGCUCGCUUGCCGGCGAGAGAAAGAGACGAGAGGAGGAGAGGAGAGAAGAGGAGAAGGGGGAGGGUGCUCUUGCGCUAGACGCCAACAAACGGGACUUUGUCCAGGAGGAGCCGCCACCAUAGACGCGGGGGGAAGCCCCUCGGCUCGCGGAUGCUCGGAGAGGGACGUCGAAAGCCAGUGCUGAGAGAGAGAGGGAGAGAGAGGCUGCCAGCCCGGCCCGGCCCGGACGCUUUCUUGAACUUGUUGAUGCGGCGCGGUGGUGCCGUGGCCGCUUUGUUUGGCAAGUGAGAUGGAUGGGAGGCGAUACGGCGAGUAGUCUCCUGCAUUCCAGACCCCGCAGAGGCGCUUUGAGGAGCAGCCUACCCUCAGAGGUGAGCAUGGCAGCAGGCGUGGCGGCGUGGCUCCCGUUCGCCCGUGCGGCGGCCAUCGGUUGGAUGCCGGUGGCCAGCACCCCCAUGCCGGCGCCCCCGGCCGACAAGCGCGGCGGCGGCGGCAAAGCCCAGGACGGGCUGCUGAUCCUCAACGUGAGCGGCAGCCGCUUCCAGACGUGGCGGACCACGCUGGAGCGCUACCCGGACACGCUGCUGGGCAGCAGCGAGAAGGACUUCUUCUUCCACGAGGAGAGCGGCGAGUACUUUUUCGACCGCGACCCGGACAUCUUCCGCCACAUCCUCAACUUCUACCGCACGGGCAAGCUGCACUACCCGCGCCAGGAGUGCAUCUCGGCCUACGACGAGGAGCUGGCCUUCUUCGGGAUCAUCCCGGAGAUCAUCGGGGACUGCUGCUACGAGGAGUACAAGGACCGGCGGCGCGAGAACGCCGAGCGGCUGCAGGACGACGAGGAGAUGGACGCCGCCGGCGCCGAGGCGGCGCCCGUCAACCUGACGGCCCGGGAGUACCUGUGGCGCGCCUUUGAGAACCCGCACACCAGCACGCUGGCGCUGGUCUUCUACUACGUGACGGGCUUCUUCAUCGCCGUCUCGGUCAUGGCCAACGUGGCCGAGACGGUGCCGUGCGGCGCGCCGGCCGAGCGCGCCCGCGAGGUGUCGUGCGGCGACCGCUACGCGCUGGCCUUUUUUUGCCUGGACACGGCCUGCGUCAUGAUCUUCACCGUCGAGUACCUGCUGCGGCUGAUGGCCGCUCCCAGCCGCUUCAAGUUCAUGAAGAGCGUGAUGAGCGUCAUCGACGUGGUGGCCAUCAUGCCCUACUACAUCGGCCUGGUCAUGACCGACAACGACCAGGUGAGCGGCGCCUUCGUCACGCUGCGCGUCUUCCGGGUCUUCCGGAUUUUCAAGUUCUCGCGCCACUCGGCCGGCCUGCGCAUCCUGGGCUACACGUUGAAGAGCUGCGCCUCCGAGCUGGGCUUCCUGCUCUUCUCGCUCACCAUGGCCAUCAUCAUCUUCGCCACCGUCAUGUUCUACGCCGAGAAGGGCUCCGCCGCCAGCAAGUUCACCAGCAUCCCUGCCGCCUUCUGGUACACCAUCGUCACCAUGACCACGCUGGGGUACGGCGACAUGGUGCCCAAAACCAUCGUGGGGAAGGUGUUUGGCUCCAUCUGCUCGCUGAGCGGGGUGCUGGUCAUCGCCUUGCCCGUGCCCGUCAUCGUGUCCAACUUCAGCCGCAUCUACCACCAGAGCCAGAGGGCCGAGAAGCGACGGGCCCAGAGGAAAACUCGCCUCGCUAGAAUCCGCGCGACGAAGAUUCGGGGCACUAAUGCCUAUAUGCGCUACAAACAAAACGGGCUCCUGAUCCACUCACUGGAGGAGGCCUCCAAGGAGGCCGGACAAGCCCUGGUGGGGAAGUCUUCCUCUGGACCGCCCUUUGAGAGCCAACACCAUCUGCUGCACUGCCUGGAGAAGACCACGAACCACGAGUUUGUGGACGAGCAGACGUUCCAGGCCAACUGUACUGAGAUCUCGGUGAUGAAAAAGUCGGGCUCCCGCGAGUCCUCGCUGUCGUCGUCGCCGGCGGCGGCGGCGGCAGCGGCGCACGGCCUGGGCUCGUGCUGCUCGCGGCGCCACAGGAAGAAGAACAGCUUCGGCCUGCCGAGCGCAAAGAACCAGGAGUUGAGCACCAUCCAGAUCCCGGAGAGGCCCGCCGCUAACAGCCGCUCCAGCCUCAACGCCAAAGCGGACGAGACGGCGCCCCUGAAAUGCGAGCAGGCUUACGUCAGCCCCUGCAUGGUGGGCCUGGCCGCGCCGCUGGCGACCGACGCCGACGGCUCGUCCGGCGCCGCCUCGCCGUACUCGCACAGCAACAUUGUGCGAGUGUCGGCCUUGUAGACGCCCCCCUCCGCCCCACCCCACCCCCAAGGAGACGGGACCAGCGAGCACGACCCUGCCGGAGGGAUUCGGAGACCAUUUGUUGCCGAGCGAUGAUCUCAUCUGAUGUCAAACUCUCCCUGCCCUGCAUGGUUUUGGAAAAGAGUCGACCCGGACGACGGGAGCCGGACACGACCAGCACAUCAGCAAGCACAGCGCCGUGGUGGAGGGAGCGAGGGAGGGAGGGAGCGAGGGAGUGUGUGUGGUGAGUGAGUGAGUGAGUGUGAGUGGCUCACUUAAAGCAACUUUGUACACUCAGCAGGCCACUCCAUUAGGUACGAUCCAAUGCCUUUAAAAAAAAAA